GACUCGGAUUGCAUCUGUCAUCAUGGCUGUCAUCAGGGCGCGCGCGAAGCGAUAUUUAUGCGGAACGUGGACGAACGCGUAGUCGGGCAAAAUUGUCGUGUCUUUGCGUGUUCUGGCUCGAGAGCGAGACGGGAAGACCGUGUUGUGCCAGCAUGGACAAGCCACCGUACAAAUUGAGCAGCGUGCUGCUCGGUCACUCCGCGGACGUGCGAGCGGUGGCGACCUUCGUCGACGGGACCGUCGUGUCCGCCUCCCGGGACAAGACGGCGCGCGUAUGGAAGCCGACCGGGAAAGAUAACAAGUACGAGCAGAGCGCAAUAUUGACAGGCCACUCUAACUUUGUCAGUUCAGUAUGCGUUAUAAACCCAUCAGAAAGAAAUCCCAAAGGGUACAUCAUAACUGGUAGCAAUGACAAUACUAUAUGUGUUUAUAUAAUGGAUGAAACAGUACCAGUGCAUACAAUAACAGCGCAUCAGAAUACAGUGUGCAACCUGAGGACUGGUAAGAAGGAUGAUACGUUUCUUUCGAGUUCCUGGGACCUUACUGCUAAGUUAUGGGACGUAAGAGAUUUGAGUAAACCUCAGCUGAACCUCACGGGUCAUACUGCUGCUGUAUGGUGUGUAGCAGAUUUAUUAAAUGGCAAUAUAGUGACUGGAUCGGCCGAUAAAUUGGUAAUAGUGUGGGCGAAAAAUGGUUCGAUACAACAUAAAUUAACAGGACAUACAGACUGUAUUCGUGACAUAGUUGAUAUAAAAGAGGACGAGUUUUUAACGUGCGCCAACGAUGCUACUAUAAGGCACUGGAACGCCAAACUUGGGACCUGUUUAGGCACUUACUGUGGGCACGAGAAUUACAUCUAUAGUAUAGCAGCUAUUCCAAAUGGCACAUAUGUUUUUUCGUCUGGGGAAGACAGAACUGUUAGAGUAUGGUACAAUGCGGAACUGAGUCAAACCAUUGUUCUGCCGACGCAAUCAAUAUGGUGUAUUGAGUUGUUCUCAAAUGGUGACAUAGUCGCUGGAAGUUCCGAUGGGGCUGUUAGAAUAUUUUCGUCCAAUCCCGAAAGAUACGCGAAUUCAGAAACACUGGAAGCGUUUGAAAAGCAAGUGGCAAAUACUACUCUGAAUGCACAGCAAGCAAUUGGAGACAUCAAUAUAAAAGAUUUACCAGAUGCAAAAGUUCUUUUACAACCUGGCCAACGAGAUGGCCAAACAAAAAUUGUGAAUGAAGGGGAUGCAGUUAGAGCGUAUAGUUGGUCGCAAAAUGAGCAACGGUGGAUAAAAAUUGGCGAUGUGAUGGGUGCAUCCGGCAGUACCGCGGCUACAUCCGGAAAACAACUUUACAAUGGCAUAGAAUAUGAUUAUGUUUUUUCGGUUGAUAUACAAGACGGCGUGCCACCUUUAAAGCUUCCAUAUAACAAAGAUCAAGAUCCCUGGCAUGUUGCACAACAGUUCCUUCAUGACAAUAAUCUCAGUCAAUUAUAUUUAGAUCAGGUUGCAAAUUUCAUAGUGAAGAAUUCUGAGUCAGCUCCAGUUUUGACUACUGGAUCUCAAUAUGUAGAUCCUUUUACAGGAGGAAACAGGUAUGUUCCUGGAUCAGGAACAUCGUCUAGUACAUCCAACGUUACUGUACAAUCAUCGAUGUUUAAUUCUUCCAACACAUCUGCAUCACCUUCCUAUAUACCUCACUUGAGGUAUUUAAAAUUAGAACAAGCAAAUAUGUCUGCCAUUUUGGAAAAAUUAAACGAGUUAAACGUUAAACAAGAAAGUAUGUAUAAAGUACCAGAGGAGAAAUUAAAUGCGAUAGGAAAACUCGUAGGCGGUCAAGUGUCCGAGGAAGUUAAGGCCAGCGCUAUUAGUGCGCUAAAGAAUCUUUUAGAUUGGCCGAAUGAUACAGUAUUUCCGGCGUUGGAUAUAGCGAGACUCGCUGUGCUUCAUAAAGAAAUAAACGAUCAAUUGUGUACAGAGGAACUGUUGCCAGUCAUACAGAGGCACAUCAAAUCUGAUGCGACUCCAUCGAACCAAAUGCUCACCUUCCGAUUGAUAGCCAAUAUGUUCCAGCAUGAAAAAGGGGAAAAACUUUGUCUCGAUCAUCGAGAUGAGAUACUGAAGUCUCUGUUGGAUCUGCAAUCGUUUGGAAACAAAAAUAAUCAAGUCGCAAUAUCGACGUAUAUCUUGAAUCUGAUCGUAGCAUUAAAUAAGUAUAACGAUAUGCCUGCUAGAACGAGAGCACUGAAUGUAUUAUUUGCCAUGUUACCCCGUUUGAACGAGCCCGAAGCAAUAUUUAGAGCUCUAGUUGGACUGGGGACGUUAUUGGCCGCUACAGCAGAUCCUAGUGAUCGUAACGAACUAAUUACCGCUGUGCGACAAUCCGAAACUGCUUUGAACGUUCUUACAACUCUAUCGGAAAGCGCGACUGAUCUUAGUACGACAAACAAAUUAGUAAACUGUUCCAAGCAGAUUAUCGAUUUGAUUAUUUAAUGCGCUUACGAAUGUUUGGGAUACACUCUAUUCAUACAACUAUUAUAAAAAUAAAUUUUAAUAAAAAAGAAAAACAUUGA